UUUAUCUAGCAAGAUACGCCUCAUCAAUGAUCGUCCCAACUCACAAUGCCCCACUACCACACUAUCCAAUCGCAUCUUCUAAGGAAGAGCUGCAAACGUGUUUUGGUAGAGUAACUCAUCAGUCUUGGUUAUUAGGUUUGACAAGGUCGUGGGGCUGUAGCUCCGAAGAUUAGCAUGCUAUACUUCCGGAGCCGGUCGUCGCGACAUUGAAUUCUCCUGGAGACUUCGGAUUAUUAAAAACUAUUGCAGAGUGAUUCGUCAAGAAUGCCUCAAAAGAGUGCCUCGGGAAUAAACAAGAAUAAAUAACAAAUAAAUAAAUAAAAAUACAUACACGGGAAUAUAUUGAGAAAGUAUAAUUCAACAUGUUUAAAGAAUUUUAGCGAUUAAUAAGAAGAUAGUGUAGUAUUCCAAUAAAAGCGCGAGAGAUAAAAGACAUCAUCGAAAACAUAAGUGAAGUAAUAAAGUGAAGGCAAGCAGUUACACGCGUGAAUUACGGCGAAUCUCACUUAAAUUCUAAAGUUUAUGCAACGAAAAAGUGAUUAUAUAUGUGAGCUAUAUGAUACAAUAGACUGCACUAGUUCAACGACUGUUGAGUACACAAGACAUAAUUAUCUGAGAAAAGUGAUUGGCGCGAUUAAAACGCAAAACCUGUUCUCCGAUACACUCCGGUACAAUACGCUGGAAUUUCCAAGACUUCUCGAGAUGGUUAAGAUUUCCAUUUUGAUUGCGUUGCUGCUGCAACUAGGCACGACGGUAGAAGGAGCCCAGUGUCCUGAUUUCUACUCACUUAUAAAUAGACCUGGGACAAAUGAAGUAAUAGGACAGAUCCAAAUUAGAUCCUCGCCAAACACUAAUCAACAACACACUUUGAAAGUGGGUUUUAACACGAAUUCUUUGUUGCAUAAUAAACCAAUCGCUCGAAUAGAAGUAGCACAAACGGAACAGGCACUUUUUCAGGCUGCUAAAGAAGGCAAGCCUUUGUUGUAUCACAUUUUUUUCCCUGUGGGCCGACCGAUUCCAAAACUGACCGAAAUAUGGUUUAAUAAUGUACAACUUUGCAAUCAAGGAACAUUAAAUUUUCAAACUACUAAAGAGAUAGAAAAAAUUGUGUACUCAUCGAGCACAGAAUCAUCUUCGACCACUGUUGCAUCGCCCACUCAAAAUCAAUCACCUCCGUCAAUUUCUAUUGGAAUUGGAAAUAAUCCAUUCUUAAAUCCGACACGUCAAAACUUACCAAUGCGUCAGGGGCCACCAAUUCAGCCAGCUGCAACAGUGCGCCAAAAUCUACCAAACGUUUCAUUACAAAAUGUUACAACGGUAGUUAAUGACGUCAUUGAAUGCGGUGUACCAUCCAUCAAAUAUAGCGAAAGUCCAAAUCCUCUAGUUGUCGGAGGAGAGAGGACAAGCGAGGGUGAGUGGCCGUGGUUAGCAGCACUCUUCACUGCAACUAGAAUAGUAAAUUUCGAGUUUCAAUGUGGUGCUUCCAUUCUAACAAACAAACAUGUUAUAACAGCGGCGCAUUGCUUGAAAAUGAACAACAACGACACUCUACCUCCCACCGUAUUACUGGUGGUCUUAGGACGAUUUAAUUUAACUCAUUGGCGUGAAAGGGGUAGUAUGAAUCGCGAGGUCGCGAGGUAUGUGAUCCAUCCCGACUAUGCACAUUAUCGAAGCGGCGACUCCGAUUUGGCGAUUUUGAUUCUCAAAAAGCCCGUCGUAUAUAAUCCCUUUAUUAGACCUGUUUGCCUUUGGUUCGGUCCGAGCGAUAUUCAAAACGUUGUUCGUAAAAUGGGAUAUGUUGUGGGCUGGGGCCAAGAUGAAUACGGUAAUUCUUACACCAAAGAACCACGAAUGACGAAGAUACCGAUAGUCAGUCAAGAGGAGUGCCACUGGAGCUUCGAGAGUUUCGUCACUCUCACCUCAAAUCGCACCUUUUGCGCCGGUAAGAGAGACGGAAGCGGUCUUUGCAAUGGUGACAGCGGAAGCGGACUGGUGAUUUUUGACGAAAUCACAAAACGUUUCCAGUUGCGUGGCGUCGUUUCGCGAUCGGUGCGCGGAAACGAACCAACGUGCGAUCUCACGAAGUUUGUUGUCUUUGUCGAUGUCGCCAAAUAUACAUCUUGGAUUCAGCAGAAGAUUUCUACGUAAUGCUAAUUUCUCAAAACGCAAGUUGUGCUAAUCGAUAAUAAAAUUUAUCUAAAAUCUCACACACAUAUAUACGUAUUUAUAUAAUAACGUAAGAAUUAAAGUGACAAAUUUUAUUCUUGAUUUUUUAUGGUAAUUUCUAUUCGUAUCGUAAUGUAUUACGUUAACAAAACGGAAUAUGUAAAAUAAUUAAGAAUUUAUAAAUGUAAUUAUCUGUUAUAUUGUGGACUUAUUAAUAAUUAAGAAUAAAUUGUAUAUUAUAACAUGUGUUAUAAUACGCUUAUCGAUAUGAUUAUUCAAUGUUCCGUCAUAUAUUAUUUAAUUUAUUAAACGAUUUAUUAAUGA